AUGAUGUGUUGGCGAGGGAUGCCGGUGAGUGUGUGAUUUGUCUAGAGGAACUGCAGCAAGGGGACACCAUAGCCAGACUGCCGUGCCUCUGCAUCUACCACAAAAGCUGUAUAGACUCGUGGUUUGAGAUCAAUCGGUCCUGCCCUGAACACCCCUCUGACUGACUGACCACCAGGCCCAUUAUGAACACUGUUCAAGGACAUCUUGUGGUCCUGCCAUGGAUAUGUGGACAGACGCAACCGAGUAGGAUAAAACAAUCAAAGCGAUCAACACAUACUUACCCUGACAGAAUCCAUAAACCUUAUCAAGAUAAUUAUUCCUUGUAAACUGAACCAAAAAACACCUGACUCUCAAACCAUCGUACAUUUAACGGCCUCUCCCCGAGUCCCUCUUUACCACUGCUGAAGAGACUGCUUACAUACGCAACUACUCCUGUCCUUGCUUCUCUCCAGACCCCAUUCGAAGGCCAUUAGAGUCCCUUAAAGAGCUUACUUUGCCUCAAAGCCCCCUUCAACCCAAGUGUCCAUUCGCCUCCCUGAAGAGCUCAGGUCCUCGCAGGCCUCCAUCAGCCAGCCUUACAUCUUGUAUCCGGAUCCAGGACUGUCAGUCAAUCAUGUCAAGCAGCCCUCCCAUGGCCUUAACUGUGGAGAUCUGAGGAAGCAGAGCAGGGAGGGAGGCCGGAGAGAAAAGGGGAGGAAAAACCCACACCAAGGAAGACGAUGAGGACAAGAAGGAGAGGGAGGGGGUCAUCGAUGUAUGGAGAACUGUUGAGUUGCUGAGGCUUGUUUUGACAAACAGACUUGUACAUUUUUAGUGGGCCUCUCAUCUCACAACGGGACUCCAACAUGAUGACUUCCUCUAAUGGCAGACUGGGUCCCGGUGUCCUUCUUUCUCAAAGUCUCUGCCUCAGUUCGGAGCACCCCCACCCUGACAAAUUGGCGCAUUAUAUUCACUUCCCCAAAAUGCUUCUUUGUCCUGGUUUGUGGGCAGGAUGGAGGGUGAACAAAAUGUAAAAAAAACAAAAAACAAAACAAACAAACUUAGAUGUCAGCUUGCCUCGUGACUAUAGGAUGAAGGGGGUGGUUUGAUGAUGGACCUGGGAUUGAGAGGAGCGGGUUGAGCUUGCUCAGUUCUGAUCAGGAGGGGGGGGAAGGGGCCAGAAAUGUAGUGUUUGCUCCUACUGUUUAAUGUGUGUUUGAGAUGCUCCGGUGUCAGGCUUUGUCUGGUAUGUGUAUGUAAAUUAUGUGUGAGCGUGUGUGCGUGCUUGGAACCGUGACAACAUAGCUUUUGCAGAAGCCUGCUGUGCGUGAGUGUGAGUGUGUGUGACUGUGUGUGUGUGUGUGUGUGUGUGUGAGUGAGAGCCAGCGUGAAAGGUCAGUGUAGAGAGCUGACUUGGACAGUGCUAUGUGUGUCUGUGUAUUGAAAUGUUUACAGUCUAGGUGUCCAUUUUCCCUGUGUGUGUGACUGGCAGUCCUCCCUUUACUUUGCUGAUGUUUACAGCUACAGAGAAGCGACAUGACAUAUUGUAAAUUAUACACGUAACCUCUCUGGGUUCUUUCUUUUUAGAUCUGCCAGAUUUUUUCAUGUGAUCAUGAUUAGUCAUUUUCUCGUGAGAGCCUCAAGUGUGUGUGUGUGUGUGUGUGUGUGUGUGUGUGUGUGUAUAUGAGUGUGUGAGUGCGUCUCUGUGCAUAUGACUGUGUGUGCAUGUGCGUUUGAGUGUGUGAGUCAAGAGGCCCCUGUUGGUCUAUGCUACUGUCGGUUCUCCACAUUGUGUUUCUGCUAGAGAAGGUCUGGCUGACUGCGAGUGGAGACGUGAGCCACUCAGACCCAAUAAAGGACUCUGUAGUCCCACAGUGGAUCCACUGAACGGGGCUUAUUUAUUCAUUUGUUCAUAUUUAACAAUAUUUGUUUAAUAUUCAAAUCAUGUGAGGUGUUACUCACUCUUCAGAAUGCCAAGAGCUGAUGUAUGACGACUACUACAAAUCAACUUACGAACAAACUGCAUUUACAAAGCUACUGUAAACAAAUGGUGGAAUAAAUUGUGCUAGAUGACAGAC